AUGGCAGCGGGUCAAGUGACCUCAACCCACAAGGAUACUUCGUCUACGUCAAGAGAAGGUGACCGACGGAGUAUUGAGGAAACCUUGCAGCUCUUUGAGCCAUUUACAGUACCUGGUCAACACGACACAGCCGCCUUUGGACUACCAUGGUCAUCCCCCUUCCCCCUUGGCCUCAAGGCGACAAAGGCUCUCAGUCUCUCGAACAGCAUCGAAGUUAUCAAGAGCUUUACACAGUCUGGUGAUCUGGCCCGUUUAAUCAAACACCACGCUGGCGCCAUUUUGAUCCGCGGGCUUCCAAUUGAGACGCCCGACGAUUAUAGCAAAGUUGCCCAUGCCUUUGGCUUCCGCCCUCACGUCGAGGUUGGACGUCCUCCGUUGCGAACUGUUUUGGCACCAAAUGUGAAAACGGCAAAUGAAGGUGAAUAUGGAUGGAGUACCAUCAACCCAGCAUGGUUGACUUUUAGCGCUCUUAAGCUUCCCGAUUCUGGUGGCGCAACCCCAAUUACUUCGGCUAUUUACAUUGCCCAUGAGCUUUCUCGUCAGAAGCCUCAAUUUCUCUCGGAGCUUCUCAACAAGGGUGUCAAAUACGUCUAUCGCUACACAACAAAUCCGCUUGUUUCUAACACUGGGACGAGUAUACGCGGGGCUUACGGCCAAGAGGUCACAGACGAGGACGACGAAAUAACGGCAAGGAAUAAGAUUGAGGACGAGGUUCGACGCCACAGCAAUCGAUUCGAGUGGCACGAAGACGGUAGCAUAAGCGUGACACAUAUUGUUCCUGUAUUCUUCGGAAACGUCACAUCCGCCUGGGGUCGCAGCAGGCAUCAUGGUGCGACGAGGCCUCCCUUCCAGGGUGACGACGGAUCCUACCACCCUCCGCCGACCUACGGCGAUGGCACGCCCAUUGAUCUUGAGGACUUGGACCUGCUGCUGAAACUCGCAGAGGAUGGUGCCGUUGAUGUCGAAUGGGAGAAAGGAGAUUUGGUGCUACUGGACAACUACGCCGUGAUGCAUUCCCGUAAGCCAUGGAAGGGCACACGACAGGUCCUUGCUGCUCUAUGGGAUGACGACGGAAGGAUCAGGGACUUUCCAGAAGGCGUUGAGUUACUGAAGUCCAGUCCCAGGGUGCCUCGAACAGAACCCAAGGGGACCAGCGUGUGA